ACCCGGUGGGUGCGCGGCAGCGGUGUCCCGGCAACGGCGCGCGGCGGCCGUUGGGGUUUGCGCGCGGCGCCCUCGCUCCGUGGCCGUACCGCCGCCCCCUCAGCCCGGCCGCGGAGCGGAGGGGAGCCCAGCCCGAUCGGUGAGAAACAAAAGCGGCUCCUGCCCGCUGCGAUGGCUCCCUCCGGCCGGGAGGGUGCCCUCCGCCUCCCCGCCUGCCUCCUGGCUGCUCUUCGCUUGCAGGCCCUGGGGGGCGCGGGGCUGGUGGGCCGCGGGCGUUUGGGCUCGGCGGCACCAACCUAAGAAGCCUUCUUUCUUCCUACGUUAGUAAUAAUAGUACUGGCUCUUAGGUAGACCGGGGUGCCUCCUUCUCUUUGCUGGCCUCACUUGUGUUUCACUCUGAAAUGUAAUUCCACUCAACCCUUUUCCACCUCUGACUGGAUGGAAAAAGGUGCUGCCUGCUGGCCAUGGCUUUCAGGGACGUGAACCCAAGAAGACAUAUUGGACUUCAGCAACUCUCAUCCUUAGCGUUAGCUGGAAGAACAUUAUUGGGGCCAGUGAAAUCAUGUAAAUUCAUUGUGGACGAAAGCACCAACCAGAGCACAUUGAUUUGUUCUGCUGUUAGACUGAUUGAAAGUUUGGAUUUAACUAGUGCUGCUGGACAGCUUCUUAAUGAAACCAUUCAGGCACAAAACAAGGAGUUUAAGACUGGGAUGAGUACCCUGUUGUUUCUGGUUGGUGCGUGGAGCAAUGCCGUAGUGGAGUGCCUCCAGCAGAAUGUUCCUGUUUCAGCAAUAGUAUCUGUGAUGUCUGAGGGGUUGAACUCUUGCUGUGAGAGAGUCCAGUGUCUUCAAAUAUCAAUACGUGAUGUAAACAAAGAGCUGUGUUCUAGCAGUGUUGGGCCAAAAACUUUUAAAAGCCAAACUUGCCAAAUUGGACGUGACAGUCUUCAAAAUCCUCAGAUUUUCCCAUAUUUUCAGAAAAAUAUUUCUGCACCAGGAGAUGUAAUUCCAAUAAUUUUUUGUUCCCAUCAAGAAGAUGAUUGUAAUUUUAGCAAGCACCUGGUUUCACCUUUGUCUGGCUUUGGUUCAGCAGCUUCUCUUGUCAAGCCAGCAGGUGACAGAAGUACAUGUGUGAUUUCUGGAAGAGGUGUUACUGCAUCCAGCUGUAACAAACAGAAGUUAACCCAUAGCAGGUACUUCAGCACUCGAGGAAGAAGUCAUUUUUCAAGUCAGCAAGGUAAUUUUCAGGGAUGCCUUUCAGGACCAUCAGCAGAUCCAUGUGAAUGUUAUGGUUUGGGACACCUGGCUAUGGCUCUGAGCCCUGGCAAUCAGACUGGCACCAAACUGCUACAAAGCAUCAUUGCAUAUCAGCAGGCGAGAGCGGAAUGCAGGGGCUCUUCCCAGUUUAAUAUUGCAGAAAUUGUGACGUGUUGUUUACUGGGCCUGCCUGAAAGCUAUUCUUGUGUCUCCCCGGGCUUUGUCACGUUAGUAUCACCAGAACAAGCCACAGUUAUCAAAUACUUUGAAGACAAACCCCUUCGGAUUCUGCUAGUGGAUGGUGACUUAACUGAACAAUAUCGUCACUUAGGUUUUAACAGACCAUGUAAUGUGAGGACCAUAUUGGAGCAUCCUGGCCUACAGGACAGAAAGGAAGGAGACUUGUGGCUAAGCGAAAUGUUAGAUAUUCUGAUAAGCUUUGAAGUAAACUUGGUUUUGGUCAAAGGAAAUUUGUGUGAAAACAUGAUGGAAAGAUGUAUAGCAAACAGUAUCUUGGUAAUUGGUUCUGUGACUCGGGAUGUGUUGUGUGCCUUUGGGGAGGUCACCAGUGCUCAGCCAGUGACAUACCUCACCCAGCUGAAUGCUGCUUGUGUGGGGAACGGGGCCCAGGUGGAGCUGUGGAAGGCCUGCGACGGGCGUGCAGUGGAUCUUGGUGAGGUUGUGCCAGUCAGGAUAAAAGCGCGGGGAACUCCCCUGCUCACAGCUGUGCUUACCACAGCUGUAGCCGCGAAGAUGCAGCUCAUUGAAGACCAGUUCUGGACUUCAGUGUAUCGACUCCAUCAUGCUUUAAAUGAUGAGAAGGUUUUUCUUGGUGGUGGUGCAGUGGAGCUCUUGUGCCUUAGUCACAUUCAGAUGCUUGCAGAACAGCCUUUACAGCCAGCAAAUAAAAAUGCUGUGAAAGAGUUUCACAAUCGUUGGCUGGCAGCAUCUGCGACCGAAUAUAAAUCAGUUGUGCUCCAAGCACUAGCAAGUGGCUGGAAGCAGUAUCUUUCAGUGGUUAUGUGUAACGCUGCGAAAGCUGUAUCGGAGUUGGAAGCAUAUAGCUCAGUUGAUCACCACCUCAAAAAAGCAGCUGACUGUGGCUCUGCCUCAGCGUAUAUAUGGGAAGAGUUUAGAAGAGGUGGUCUUCUCAGGGGUGGUUCUGGUCCCCUUGCUGACCAUGGAGUGGGUUUAAAUGUUUAUGAUAAUGUUACAGCCAAGACAGAGGCAUGGCGGAGAGCUCUAGACUUGGUGCUGCUAGUGCUUCAAACAGAUGCUGAAAUUAUCACAGGUCUCAAAAGGAAUCAGCUAUUGAAGUCACACAUGUCAAGUGAAUUUAUGUUUUUAUAGGACUUGCAGGAUUUAUUUAUAAGUCCCGAGUCAGUGGAAGAAGUCCAGGUGCAACCUACAUUUCUUUGUAGUUUAUAAAGCAAAUGUUUAGAUGUGACUAUGACUUUAGAGUGUAACGGCAGAAAUCAGAAUGUGAGACAGUCACAAGGUACAUAUAAUUUCCCAUUUCUAGAAACGGGAGUUAAAUAACAAACAAAAAUCACUCGUGGGCUUACCUAUAGCUCCAGCUGUGCAUUUCUAACUAAUGAUAUUGUCCAUAUGAAUAGAUUAAUCCAGCCAAACUGACUUCUCUGAUCUUAUUUGGCAGAGCAGAUGUGCAGUUCUUUUUUUCAGGAUAAUGAGGAGCACUGGGCAGGUGGGUACAUGUUGAGUGUAGUUGCAGAAAAGUUUGAUACCUUGGAUAUGCUGAUGUUCUGAACAUGCACUGACUGUGUAAGGUAUUUGGACUUGUGAUCUAUAAAUUAUUGUUUAAUGUCUUUUCAUGUCUUCUAAAGAAGGAUAGGGAUUUCUUAUAUAACAUUGUCAUACUUGUGUUAAAUGAAAGAAUAUACAUAACAUAAUUUUUAAUUAAUAUCUUGCUCUUAAUUUCUGUAUGUUGCAAAUGUCAGUUAAAAUUGCAGUAAUUUAUGAGCAUUACAUUUUAUGCUAAGAGAUUGUAUUAGUAGAUUCUAGUUUUGCAUAUUUAUAUGAGCCAUAUAUCUUCUAUUUUCAAAUACAUACUCUUUGGAAUGUCUCUCGUUUUGACAUAAAUUAAGGCUGAAUCCUCCCUUUUGGUAUUAGAAACCGGAUGUUAGCUCUACACAAAGUUUUCUUUUACAUCAGGAGUUGGAUUCUUAGAUUAUUUCCUUUGGGCUCUUUCGGUUAUUCUUGCAUAGAGGAAAAUGUUGUAUGUUUUAGCUGUUGGCUAAAAACUGAAAAUGAAUCUCUCAUGAUGAUUGAGGCAAGGCGUUUUUACUGUGUUUCAGCACUUAAAAUUUAAAGCAGAGCCAUGGAGAACUGGCACUUUGUUGCAAGAAAGAGGUGUGUAACUAUGGAGAUAUUUUUUCUGAACUUGGCAUUCUGAAUCACACUAAAGUGAAAUGUCUCACCAGUCCAGUGAAAACAGAAUGGAAAAAGAAUAGAAAUGGUGACACUAAAGCAGAUUCUUGCAUUUAGGUACUUUCUCAUUAAAAUGCUAAUGAUGGCAAUACUCAGGUUAAGCAUUUACUCCUUGUGAUUGCUGGUGCUGGUGGCAGAGAGUCCUCCUGUGGUGAAAGCUGACGCGGGGUGGGCUAAAGAGUGUUUUCUGAGUUGUGAUUCAGUGGAAAGUCAGGCAGAAAGCGAGUGCUUAUUUUACUGUUAGAGCCUUCACUGCUACUUAUUUACUAUUUUAAGUGGAUGUUUUCUCUUCUGGCCUUAUUUUCCUUGUGGUAUCUCCCUACUGCGGAAGACAUGUCAGAGAAGAGCCAUCAGCUGCCUCAACCCCCUGUGACCACUGGCAGUACCCCAGUUGACUUGUACUGAGCCUUAACACGGUUCUCUGCCUCUGUGCCCUGUUGAAGUUGCUCUUUCCUCCUGGGGAGGCCCUUCCCCUCUACCUGUGCAUUUCACAGUGCCUAAUUCCAGAGGGCUUGAGUUAAUGAAAAGGAAAAACAGCUCCUAAAAUGUCUUCCUUGGAGUGCCAACAUUUUGGCAUUAUAUCCCAUUAUAAUUGUCAGUAGAUACUUGACAGUAUCUGAUGUUUUCUACCUCUUUCAUGUUCUCCAAUUUUUUUUUGCUUCUUUGAUGUCUUCAUCUCCAUAACACACAACUCCAUAACCUAUACCGCAUUCAGCUAAAAAUAGCCCUUUUUGCUGGGAGUUCCCCAGAGAGGUGGAAUACGCUACUGAGGUUCUAAAUUAACCUUAAACAUGAGAUGAAAUUGGGAUCUGUAGAAACAGGUUUUGAGUGUUGAACUGACCAGGAGCCCUAACUUAAUUUUUAUGAGGAAAAGAAUCCAUCUAAAUGUGCUUUAUCCUGAAGCUUUCUUCUAUGCUAGUAUCAAAUUGUAUACUCGGAUCUUUCAUAGAGUUGUUUACCCAAGUGGUUCACAGUAUAUAAGGAAAAGAAAGACACAAAUAAUGAAAUUAAUCCUUAGAUAUGGUUUAGAUACAUACAGGUGUAU